AAUUUUUUUUGGGUGUGCGGAGGAAUCAGAGCGUGUGUUCUUGCGUUGCCGAUCUGCGCGCUCGCGUGUCUCGAUCGGGGAUUCUAAAGAAAUCUCGCGAUUUCGGCGUGUGAUUGGGGUGAGCUAGAGCUAUCGGCUGUGUCGGUUAGCCAUUUCUUCUCCUCUGCGAAUGCAGGCUUGAGAUUUUAAUUGCUUUGGCAAGGCGGCGGCUGGCUGCUGGCGGCGGCGAGGGAGUUUUUUUUCCCCUCUUUUUCUUUUUUUCGCUUGGCGCCGUGUAGAUCGAUCGAUAGAUAGAUCGAGGAUGGUCGGAGAGCCAGUCGUGCUGUUGGUGACCGAUGCCGCUGCGCUGCCCGGAAGCGCCGUCGUUUGGGCGAUGAGCGCCUUCGCGGACAAGGCAGCUCUCGGCAAGAGCCUCGCGAUCUCUACUCAUGCAUCUCAAUUCGGUGGGAAGCUCAAGCAAUCUUCGUCUAGCUUGGAAGUCGUAAUUUCUCUUGGAAUUGCGUCACUAGAGUGGGUCAAGGAGGUCUCUCGAGUGCUGAAACCGGGAGGGAUUCUCGUUGUUCGUACGAGCGAGGAUAAGGCAGCAGUACAGCGAAGCCUUGUAUUGGCCGGCUUUGUAAGCAUUGAGACAAUGGAACCUGUGGAAGGGCUUUCUCUAGCAGAUGGCUUAUCAGGAAUUUCCCUGAGUGACUCCGUUUUGCUUCGAGCACAAAAGCCGGCAUGGGAAGCUGGAGUCUCGUUUCCAAUCAAGAGAAAAGCAGUGGCGGCUCAAGAUACGGCAGUCGAGCGCGCCGUAACUUCAAACGGUUCUUCUGCUAUAGCAAGCUGGAAACUCCCAACGGUGGAUUUGGAUGAGGAUGAUUUCGAUCUUGUCGACGAGGAUAGUUUGCUUACAGAGGAGGACUUGAAACGCCCCGAAUUGCCUGCAGCUGACGACUGUGAAGUUGGAAAUGCUGGUCGCAAGGCCUGCAAGAACUGCACCUGUGGCCGUGCUGAGCUUGAAGAGGAAGGAAAACUUCCGGACGAGUUGUUAAACAAUCCGAUAUCUCAGUGUGGAAGCUGUGGCCUGGGUGAUGCUUUUCGUUGUGGAACUUGCCCGUAUCGAGGACUUCCUCCAUUCAAACUUGGCGAGAAGAUCACUCUUUCGGGCACGCUGCUAACAGCUGAUGUUUGAGCGAUAUGAUUCAUAGCCGGGGACGUAACUGGAUCAUCCCCUUGUCACAAAAUUCCGGUUUUGCAAGGAGCAAAAGCUUUGAUAUGUUUUCUUUUAGAAAUCAAAAAACUGUUGAAAACUGACUA